GUCUGGCCUGACUCCUGUUAUCCUCCUCCUGCAUAAAUAGCAUGCGUUUCGCCGUGGAGCUCCGUGGAGCAGAGCGCUAAUCUGCAGCCCGAGAAACAUCUCGUGAUCCGGGACAGGGAUCGCGAAGGACGCGGGGGGAAGCAGAGCAACACCGAGCGCUGCUUCUUGGCGUUAUGUUGGGCCACAGAAAGAAAGCAGCCCCGGCGGGGAAGAACGGAGCCGGGACGUCCAGGUUAAAGGCCAUCGAUCCUCUGAGGAACCUCGGAGUCAGUGAGGAUGAAGAUGUCAAGCGGAUGUUGCAGGGCUCCAGUAUGGUCAAGGUCCGCUCACCUCGCUGGCAGAAGCGACGAACUCUAAAGCUGCUGGAAGAUGGAGUCACUGUGUGGUGUCAGUCCCAGAAAACUUCCUCCCGCGCCAAGGAGCAACAGUCAUUCUCUGUCUUGGAGGUGGAGUGCAUUCGGGAGGGUUGCCAGUCAGAGAUGUUGCGGCAGCUGGGUGGCUCGAUACCCGAGGGCCGGGGUUUGACUGUGGUCUUCAAAGGGCCCCGAAAGAGCCUGGAUCUCCUCUGCCAGAGCCAGGAGGAGGCUCAACACUGGGCCCGCGGCAUCCGGAAGCUGCAAGGGAGAGUGGAGAAUAUGAGCCAGAAGGACAAACUCGACCACUGGAUUCAUGCUUACCUGAGUCGGGCUGACCAGGACCACGAUGAUAAGAUGAGCUAUGAAGAAGUCCAGACUCUGCUGCAGAUGAUCAAUGUUGAUCUGAGUGAUCAAUAUGCCCGCAGUCUGUUCCAGAAAUGUGACCGGUCAGGUGACAGUCGUCUCGACCACGAGGAGAUUGAAAUUUUCUGCAGGGAGUUGCUACGGAGACCGGAGCUGGACACUGUGUUUCUCCGCUACUCUGCAAAUGACUGUGUUCUUUCCACUGUGGACCUGAGGGAUUUCUUGAAGGACCAGGGGGAGGAUGCUUCACUCCUCCAUGCCCAAAGCCUCAUACUCACAUAUGAACUUAAUGAAUGGGCUCAGAAGAACCAGUUCAUGACCCCCAAUGGUUUCACCAUGUACAUGCUGUCUAAGGAGAACUGUGUCUUAAACCCAGAACAUGGAAGGGUUUACCAAGACAUGACACAUCCACUGGCGCACUACUUCAUCUCCUCCUCCCACAACACAUACCUCACCAAGGACCAGCUGACCGGGGACAGCAGCAUAGAGCCAUACAUAAGAGCUCUGAAUCACGGUUGCCGCUGCGUGGAGCUGGACUGCUGGGAUGGAGAUAAAGGAGAGCCGGUCAUCUACCACGGACACACACUCACCUCCAAGAUACCGUUUGUCAAUGUCAUUGAGGUCAUCAAGGAGUACGCUUUUAAAGCAUCCCCUUACCCUCUGAUCCUGUCCCUGGAGAACCACUGCUCUUUGGAGCAGCAGACAGUCAUGGCUCAACAACUGCGAUCCAUCCUGGGUGACAAGCUCCUCACCAAGCCUCUCGAAGGUCUUGAUCCUCACAGCCUGCCCUCUCCAGAGGAUCUCAAAGGGAAAAUCCUUGUGAAGGGAAAGAAGGAGCAAGGGGUGGUGGAGGGUUCAUCCAGCACUUCAGACCUCAGCUCCUCGGAUGAGGAUGCCAGCAGGACCGAAGGGAAACACCCCUCCAAAAAAGGGGACCAGAAGCCAAGUGUGUCUAAGCUGAGUCCCGAGCUGUCAGAGCUGGUUGUAUACACCUGCAGCGUUUCCUUUAAAAGCUUUGAACAUGCUGCAAGAAACCCAGCAACUGAACUGUCCUCCUUCUCUGAGAGUGACGCUACCAGACACAUUAAGGACUCAGGGAUGUAUUUUGUGCGUCACAACAGUCAUCAGCUCAGCAGGAUCUACCCCUCAGGUCAGCGCCUCCAGUCGUCCAACUACAACCCUCAGGAGAUGUGGAAUGCAGGCUGUCAGAUUGUUGCUCUGAACUUCCAGACGCCUGGUGAGCAGAUGGACCUAAACCAAGGGAGGUUCCUGCAAAACGGUCAGUGUGGGUACAUGCUGAAACCUCCCUUCAUGUGCCAGCCCGGCACCACCUUCAACCCAGAGAAUGUGGGAGGAGGUCCUGGCCACAGACCUGUGCUGUUCACUGUCCGGAUUAUUUCAGCUCAGCAGCUUCCCAAGCCGGAGUGGGACAAGCCCAGCUCCAUUGUGGACCCUCAGGUGUGGGUGGAGAUUCAUGGAGCUCCCAUCGACAACAAUAAGAAGAAGACUCCUCAUAUUGACAACAAUGGCUUUAAUCCUCAGUGGGACUCUACAUUUAACUUCACCGUCCAUGCCCCUGACCUGGCCCUGGUUCGCUUCAUGGUAGAAGACCACGACUACACGUCCAGCAACGACUUCCUGGGGCAAUACACCCUGCCUUUCACCAGUCUGCGCACAGGCUAUCGCCACGUCCGACUGCUCAAGGUGGACGGCUCCACCCUUUCACCUGCAUCGCUCUUCGUCCACAUCACGGUCGGCCCCUGUGAAAGCAGUCCCAGCAAAUCAUCAACCAAAUCGCCGGCCAGGUCACCGACCAAGUCUUCAGCCAAGGGACCCUAGUCCCCUCCCAAGAAGCAUGGACAAGGGAAGAGCUCAGAUCACAUCUUCCUGGAUCCGGGCGAUGAAAGAUCUGGCCCCAAACUCAUCAAACUGGUUAUAAAGUAUGUAGCUGUAUCCACAACCUGUACUGUUGGUGAGAGGUUUCUGACCAGUAUUUUAAAUUUGUAGCGAGGAAGGUAAAGGCCAUUCUUACUGUUCGAUGAAUACACUGAUUGUGGUGCUGCGUUUUCUGAUCAGGUCCCUGAUCUGACUAAUGGAAGACUAAGACCCCAAAAUAUAAAGUUUGAACACAAAUGUCAGUUUUGAGUGUUGAGUGAUUUAACUGCACCUCCAGCCUCGUUCCUUUAUACAGAAUCUACCACUCACUGUGAAGUGGUGGACAGUUGCUCUGUAAUUCCUCAUUUGAUCAGGGUUUGAUUCUUAGAGCAGGUGAACCCAUUACAGCAGCCUGCAUGAGUCCAGAGAAUCUAUAUGAGACCAACGUGUGUGGUACCAAAGUGUGGUGCCAGAUUUAUUCUUGAAAACAAGUUUCUGACAUCUUUUGUAUUUAUUUUAUAUUUAUCUUAUUUUAGAGUCAGUUUUUAUUUGAAAAGAAAAGCCUGCUGGUAUGUGAUUUGAAGAUUACUCCGAGAGUAUAGACUUUAUUUAUGUUAUGUGAAGCAGCCGUACUCUAUCAAGUGUGACAUAAUCAAGUCCCUCAUAUGUGAUACAUUCACUUGAAAAGCAGUUGGUCACUGUAAUCAUUAAAAAAAAAUUAUUUUCUGAAAUCAAUCCAACUUCAUUUCAUGCAGCAACUGACCAUUAGUGCUUCAGGGAGACAGUACAGACAGGGUUCUCUCCGAACAUUUGAAAUUUUCAGUCAAACUGAUUUUACUCUUACUUCGGAUGGAAUUUAAAUCACAGGGAUAUCUCUCUCUCUCUGAUUUCUUGCGUCCACCUGCUCUGCUGUCUUUACCUGGGGGUCUGCAGGUCUACUGGUGCAGAUCUUGGUGAUCCUCCACCAGCAGAUGCUAGGGACAUAUAUCCAGUUGUGGGCCUGAGUGUCAACAGGUCCUUCUGCCUUUAAUCACAAGACCCCUUCUUCUUAGGCAGGACCACCACAGGCUGAUCAGACCUGGGUGCAUGACCUCAACAUCUUGCGGCCAAGUUUCCUCCUGAGCCAGAGCCAUUGGCGUUCUGCAGCCCAUCAUGUUUCUUUUAAGGUCUGGCACAGUGCUUGGCCAUGGAUGUAAUAAAACCCCUGCAGUCCAACUCCAAUAGGCGAACUAAUGUUUUCCGGGCAUUUUGUUCUGCCUCAGAUGCCACCUUCACAUACUAAAGCCUCUUCCUCUCAUUCAAAUAUUCAAAUGAGACCUUUGCAGGCUGAAGGGGUUGAAGGUUCCAUGGGAACAGCAGCUGAACAUGGACGUGUCCAAGACAAAUCAUGGGUAACAAAGUCUCUCUAGGUCUCUUUCUUCUCUAUUAGUAUCCUGUCCUAAUUGUCCAAUGGUGACACGUAAGGAUAUGAGGGAAAAUCUCUUGAGAAACUUUUUCCGCAUAACCCAAAGUGUUCAGAAGGUCAUGAAUCUCUAUCGCAUGUACUAAGAAAAAGAAAAUGUCCUUUUGACUUCAUCAUAGAGAUGUUCAGAUUUGAAUGCAGCUCUCGGCAUGAAUCGUAAUUCUAAUCUAUUUGGGAAAUGUCCCCAAUACCUCUGUACAUAUGCUUGUCCAAGAUAUGCAAAUGAUCCCAUCCAGUUCUUUUAUAAUGUAGCCUAGUGCAUGUUCAAUGCUUAACAGGCUUUAGUUUUUAUAUGAUAGAAUUAGCUCAGUUAUGUCUAGUCACGCAUAGGUGGUGACUAGAUACAGCUGCUGCCUUAUUGUUAGCUUUUUAGACCUAAGCAGACAUGCUCCAUAGUUAAAAUGAGCUUUCCUUGUUGUGUAUUGCUUUGCCAUUGUUUACUCAGUGUUCAGAUACAUGUAUGUUGUGUGUCUCUGGAGUCAACCUGACUGAUGAUCCUUUUUUUGACAGUAUAUUAUUAGAAACAUGCUGCUGCUCGCUGCUUUCAUUUUGGACGACAGACUGUUGUCUCUCUGUUGAGCGCAGAACACACAAACUGCAGCCUUUAUAUACUGUCAGUGUAAGAGCUGACUCCUCUCCACAUUUAUUUGUUAGACAUCACUCUGUGAAGGUAUCCAUCGUAGAUUAUUGUGCUAAAGAAAAACCUUUAUACAGUGUUUUUAUUAAAAAAGGAAAUUGUUGGAUUUGUUUACGAACAUUCAUAUUGUUUAUUUACAUAUAACAAGGAGUACGAUAAAAAAUGUCAUGAUGUCUGUACGUCAUAACGUAUCCUUUGACUUGAAGCAGGUUUUCAAUCAACAUUGGGUGCAUGGAGAUGAACAGUGCCGAAUUGGACCUGGUUUCAAGGUGUGAAACAUCUGUUCACACCUGGCAUAAGAAUCAAGAGUGUUUUAUUUUUAGCCUGAGGGACGAUAGCCAGCGAGUCAGUAACAAAAAAGUCGUCCUUUAGCAGUUGUCAGUCAGUGCACGUUCAUGCGUUUUGGGGGGGUAUGCAGAUUUUCAAAUUGUAGUCUACACUUGCUAGUUUUUCAAGGAUUACCAACCAUAGCUUUAAGUGCAAACCCCCAACACAUGGAUAAGUCUUCAGCCAAACCCUUGCCGACCCUUUAGCAACUCCCCUGUUUAGAAGGCGUCUCCAGUGACCACUUGUGUUCAGAUCUCACUUGCCUGCUCUACAUGCAAAUAAACACGUGCGUCCUUUUUACAUUUCAUUUAGCUGACGCCUUUAACCAAAGCGACUUUCUUUCUUUACCUUUCUUUCCCAAAAGACCAAAUAAUGUUGUUUUUAACCAGUUUUAAGUCUGACUGCGGCCCAUGGGUCUGUUGUCAGUGUGUUUGUAUGUGAGAGAGAAAGCCGGGCCAGGGGGGGCUGAGGGAAUCAAUGUGCUUUGUGCAGCGCCGCAAUGACAAAAAAGAUUUUACUUGUUUUUACUAAAGAUAUUUUGUGACAGUGGCCACAAAUAGAUCAAUAAUUUAAUCAGGAAGUUGUAUUUUAUUGUGUUUAGAUUGGAAUUAGAAGAUGCUGCCAGUAUGUAAACCAAAUCUGUUUGUGUCAACAUUGCACUUACUCACUUACGUGUAUGAAGAACUGAAAGUGAAAGAUAAAAACUGGAUACGAGAUUAUAUUUUGACCUUGCUCUUUUUUUUUUUAAACUGUUUGUGUUUGUGCUAAACCAGCUGUUUGCUAAUAAUUCUGAUAUUAUUUAUGUAGCCAGGUAAUAAAUGUGUUCAAAGUGAUAGUAUAGAAAUGUAACAUGAUCGGACUGAAGAACCUCAUGAUAUCAGAUCAACCUCAUGAUAUCAGAUCAACUCCGGGUUUUAACUAAAUGAAGUGUUUAUUACUGAAAUGUAUUUUACAGUGAAAAUAAAAGUGACGGUCCAGCAUUGCA